CAUCUCCAGGCGGCCAUGCUGUGUGUGUACAAGGACAAACCUUCUGCCAGGACCACUAUGAUCCAGCUCUAGCUUCUCUGCAGUUGUCAUCAUGAUCCCAUCAACCUUUCUCGGCCUCCGACUUCUGCGAGCUUCAGCUCCACGCUGGAUAAAGCACGGGUCAGCGAUUACAGCGCCCACUUGGCAGCAGCAGAGGUCCCACCGCCUCUCCCCGACUGGCGAUGAGCUCUACGAGAGGACAACUGUGACCCAUAUCGAAAGGGACUCCCCAGAUAUGAUGUUUGUGGAGAGCUACAGCCGUCAAGGCUUCAUCAUCAAUGGGAAUCAGACUAUCGGGCCCUGCGCCAUUAUCCCCAGGGCCAUCUUGGAGUGGCGUGUUCGCUCCUAUAAAGACAUUUCCUACGAAAGUUUAUCGUUGUUCCGCUUACUGGUUCCCAGAAUAGAGAUCCUGGUUUUGGGCACAGGAGACCGUGUAGAGAGACUGGAUCCAAAUCUAUUAAAGUUAAUGAGACAAAACGGGGUGGCCGUGGAGGUUCAGGACACGCCCAACGCUUGCGCCACAUUCAACUUUCUUACUAGUGAACGACGACUAACAGCAGCCGCAUUAAUUCCGGUCAUCGGCGACUAUAAGGUCAUAUCGCCUACAGACCAUUCACAGGAACGCUAA